AUGGCGGCGGCUUUUGCUUCAGUUCAGCUUUCUGUUUCCUCGAAACCAAGUUCACGAACCGCUUGUCUUGUUAUCUCGAUCGAGUACAGGCUAGCCCCUGAGCACCCUCUCCCCAUUGCUUAUGACGGUUGCUGGACUGCUCUACAAUGGGUGGUAUCUCCUAAUUCCAAUGGCGCUUCCAACAAGGAGCCUUGGUUAUCCACUUGCGCCGAUUUCGAUCGAGUUUACGUCGGCGGUGUCAGUGCCGGUGCCAACCUUACUCAUAACACACUGAUGAGAGCUGGAUCAGACGCUUUACAUGGUGGUGUUAAAAUCAAGGGAGCUUUUCUGGCACGCCCUUACUUCUGGGGUUCAAACCCGGUAGGGUCCGAGAGUAAGAAUAUGGAAGAAACCGAGAACCGACUCCGAUAG